AUGUCCAAUGGCGAAAGCCACUAUACCCAUGGUGCCCUAGCUGGCUUGCAGGGAACUACUGAUGUUGGGGUGCACAUCCUCGGAUUACCAUUUGCGCUCGCAAAACCCUCUUCGGAGCUGGCUUUCGAAAUGUCGAUGGUCGCAAGGUCGGCAUACUCCGCGACGUACAGAGAAGAUUUCGACCUGGACGAUGACUCAUAUGACAGUAAUUAUUUUGAUCCUGGCAUUCAUAAUUACGAUUUCGACAGUGACUACGGAUAUUCCUAG